GAAGACUGUGAGGCUGCUGUGAAGGUGGCAGUGGACACAUUUGGAGCUCUUGACAUUCUUGUGAACGCCGCUGCUGGCAAUUUUUUGGCCGCUGCGGAAGAGAUUUCCAGCAAGGGCUUCAAGACAGUCAUGGACAUUGACACCGUGGGCUCCUUCAACAUGUGCCGGAGCGCGUUCUCAUCACUGAAGACCUCCCGCUUUGGUGGUGUUGUCGUCAGCAUCACGGCCACGCUGCACUACGGGGCUACAUGGUACCAAGCUGCCCCAGUUGCAGCGAAAGCUGCCAUCGACGCAUUCACCCGCACACUGGCGCUGGAAUGGGGUGAGUUCGGUGUGCGUUGCAACUGCGUGGCCCCAGGGCCCAUUGCUGAUACACCUGGCAUGGAGAAGCUCAGUGGGGGCAAGGCGGACCAGGUGGAUUGGACCUACAUCCCGGCUAGACGGGCUGGGACCAAGUUUGAGAUUGCAUCAGCUUGCAUAUACCUCUGCCUGAACACAUACAUCACCGGACAGAUUUUGCCAGUGGAUGGUGGAGAAUGGUUUGGCAAAAAAGCGAUGAUCCCGCGGGAGAUGGUGUCAAGAAUCUCUCGAGGUGUCGAAAAGCAAUCCAGAGCAAUGGGCCCCGGCAAGACGGCAAAGCUCUGA